ACGCUCCUUUUUACCUGGUUUGCGUAUAUCAAUAAGACUUUUACUUUUUUUUAAAUCAGCUUGUCUAUCGAUCACUGUGCGUUCUCACAUUAGAGGAUUUGUUAAGUGUAAUAAUUUUUUAUCAUGGAAGUUUGUGAAAGACCCAGAACCACAGAGUCCAUUUACGCGCCAUCCCCAGAUCUCGACCCAAUUAUAGAAAGAAUGACCAGAUCUCGCGAAGGCGAGAGAAUGACCUUUUGGUCGAGAUACGAUCCAAUCAGACAGGUGAAAGGGAACUGUUCUGACCACUGGGCCAAAUACAGACAACAGACAGCGCAACGCGCUCAACAAAGGGCCAGGGUUGUUAGUUACGAACAGGGUAGAAACAUUCCUUAUAAAGAGAAAACUUUUGAUGAAUUGGUUGUAGAUGGUCUUCGAGGCUCAAUGCCCGGUGCGUAUUCCAGUAGCCGACCCAAGAACACUUAUAACAAAGCCUUUUACAGGAAUGUGUUCUCAGAUCGAGCAAAAGACGGCUUCCGGUAUUGGCUGAUAGAACGUCCUAAACCAACAAGUUUUGGAAGAUACAGUCUUGGUGCCGCUCAUUCGGUUUUAGGAUUAUGUAAUGCUCCACGAACUUAAUUUAUUAAUAUAUUUAUUAUUUUAUAUAAUUAUGUUUAUUUUUUAAAAUGCACUAUUGGUAUAUAUUAGUUUUCAAGGAAGCGGACAUAGUGUUAUUUUGUUUAAAAUUGUGGAAAAGCAUAUAAGGGGGAUGUGAUUCAUUGAUUAGAUUUUGCACUUUGUCAGCCAUUUUGUCUUUUGGUGCCUGUUGAUGUAUGCGAUAAACAAGCCCUUUGGCGGCAGCUUGCCAUGAAAAAAAGUUAAAACUGGGUUUGAAAUUUACUAAAAUUAUUGCUUUUUGUUAAAAAGGGGAUUAAAAUAAAUUAAGAAAUUAAUUUUUUACAAUUUAGUUAUGUAUUAUACUGUGAUGACAACUGAGUAUUUGUUCGAUUUGAUUUAUCCUUUGGGACGACAUUCUUACCACCGCAGUAUUAGUUUGUAUAUAUAACUCUCCUUAGAUUAAUGCAAUGAUUUCAGUAAGUACAUAUACAUAUAUAAUUUAGAUAAUUCCUACGAUAUUAGAUAUAUCCCUCGUCAUUCUUGUAUGUAAAUCAUAAUUAAUGCAAUUUCUCAA